GAGAGCAAGAACCAAGAUAAACAUAGCCCAUACACACAGCCGAGAGCCUCUGACGGACCUGGAAAUCACCAGGAUGUCCAUAGGGAGCUUCAGUUUCCUUCAUCCCUAGAGUGAGUUUAAGGAGGAUGAAUACAGGACUUCUUUGAAAAUUGAAGGGCCAGGGGAGGAUGCUAGGAUGAUGCCCCUGCACGCUUGGACAAUCUGGGACGACUCCGGAUACUUGGGUAUCCAGAGAACUGCUGGUAGCUAACAGGUAGUGGUUGUGGAGAACCAAGAUCCCAAGGGGAGAGGAUCUGAAAGGCUGAGGGGAGGGGUGUGAUCGAGGGACACAGCAGAGUUUUGGCGUGAGGGCAAAGCUGGCAGGGUGGCAGGAGAUUGCGGGUAGGGGAAGCCUGAGUAGAGCCUAGAGCUCCGCUGGCAGAACAGACCGCACCUGAGACCCGGCUCGUGGAGGGAGGGGCGUGCGAAGGGCGAACGGAGCUCCCGCGGCCGGGGGGCGCGCGGCAGCGCGGGGAUUGGAGGGCGCUCGCGGGCCCCGCGCGCUACUUAGGCGGAGCGGUGGAGCAGAGCUUGUGCGCGCGACCCCAACCCGCUGCUUGGUCCUUGGCGCACCGCUCAGCUGCUCCACCGCGUUCCGGCGCCUGGGGUAAGUACCCCCAAAGCAUGAACGUGCCCUCAACACUGCCCCCCGGGGUCGAGGACAUCACUUGGACCCCUGGGACCAACGCCAGCAGCGCUCCGGAAGACGAGGGAGAUGCGGUGCGGUCCGACAGCACAGGGACAGCGGGCAUGGUUACCAUCCAGUGCAUAUAUGCGCUCGUGUGCCUGGUGGGUAUGGUGGGCAACGCCCUGGUCAUCUUCGUGAUCCUACGCUAUGCCAAGAUGAAGACAGCCACAAACAUCUACCUGCUCAACCUGGCGGUCGCCGACGAACUCUUCAUGCUGAGCGUGCCAUUCGUGGCGUCGGCGGCCGCCCUGCGCCACUGGCCCUUUGGGGCUGUGUUGUGCCGCGCAGUGCUUAGCGUGGACGGCCUAAACAUGUUCACCAGUGUCUUCUGCCUCACCGUGCUCAGCGUGGACCGCUAUGUGGCUGUAGUGCACCCUUUGCGUGCCGCCACCUACCGGCGGCCCAGCGUGGCCAAGCUAAUCAACCUGGGAGUGUGGCUAGCAUCCUUGUUGGUCACCCUGCCCAUUGCAGUCUUCGCUGACACCAGGCCUGCUCGCGGGGGCGAGGCCGUGGCUUGCAAUCUGCACUGGCCUCACCCAGCCUGGUCUGCAGUCUUCGUGAUCUAUACUUUUUUGUUGGGCUUCCUACUCCCGGUUCUGGCCAUCGGUCUAUGCUAUCUGCUUAUUGUGGGCAAGAUGCGUGCGGUGGCCUUGCGGGCUGGCUGGCAGCAACGGAGACGCUCAGAGAAGAAGAUUACAAGGCUCGUGUUGAUGGUAGUGACCGUCUUUGUGUUGUGCUGGAUGCCCUUUUAUGUUGUGCAGCUUCUGAAUCUGUUUGUCACCAGCCUCGAUGCCACAGUCAACCAUGUGUCCCUCAUCCUCAGCUAUGCCAACAGCUGUGCCAACCCCAUUCUCUAUGGCUUCCUCUCUGACAACUUCCGGCGCUCUUUCCAGCGGGUUCUGUGCCUGCGCUGCUGUCUCCUGGAAACGACUGGAGGUGCCGAGGAAGAGCCCCUGGACUAUUAUGCCACUGCUCUCAAAAGCAGAGGGGGCGCAGGAUGCAUAUGCCCUCCACUGCCCUGCCAGCAGGAGCCCUUGCAAACAGAACCUGGCUGCAAGCAAGUCGCUUUCACCAAGACUACUACUUUCUGAAGACCGUUGGCACCCUUCCUCAGCUCACCUGCAAGCUGGUUGUGGCCUCCCUCUCAGCCCACUAACUUUAAGAACAACCCUUGUUUUCACUAAGCCAGCCCUUUGCAGCAGUCUGUGCUGUCUCCAGGAGCCCCAGGACUCCUGCUAGCCCCUCUCCUAGGACUGGCUUUAAGGACACUUGCAUGUAGGGGGUAGGAUUCCUCUGGGAACUGGUUAGAGUACCAGCCAUUCCUGAACCUCUGAUAGUUUUUUCAGGGGUGAGAAACAGGAGGUAGCCAGAAAGGAAUGUCUACCCUUGUGUGACUUGUGACAGUGACUGCUUGGAAGAGCCCUGGGAGGGUGAGGUAGGCAGAGCUCCUUCGCCCUGCAGGCUCUUUGCCUUAUGGGAGUAGGGGAGUGCACAUGGCGAGGCAGGAGAUGAUAAGACACCUCCAAGAGCUUUCCCUCUGCGUCUGUUUGAGACUCUUGUUGCUAAGUGAGAGGUCUAUGCAACAGCUGAGUGUACUUGCUUUGUCACCCUCCAAGUGUCUCCCGGUUGUCAAGAGGCCAGUAGCAGACUUCCUGAGAGUGCAAAGGGUUUAUAGAAAUAUGAUGUGGGGGUUGUUGCAACGCAUAAAACUUCUGGUCAGGAAUGAAAAGGCAGAAAGGAUAAAAAUCUCAUCUGCUGCAACUUUUUCCCCACCUCCUUCCCUGGCUACAGGAAUAGGAAGCCUCAUUAAAGCCCAAGUUAUGCUGUGGGGGAGGGGGUGUCAGGAAAAGACCAGAGAACUAGGGUGGAGGGGAAACAGACUGUGUUUUGACACCAGAUGCUGAUCACAGGGAAAGGGCAUCAUCCCCGUGAGCCUGGUAAGUUUAACCACAGCUCCAGCGAUCUUUCCCCUGAGAAGGACACAGCCUAUGAGAGCUUUACUUCUGCUCCAGGAGUGGGAGAAGGCAGGCAGAUGCUGCUUCUGAGUGAGGACUGGUUGAUUGCAGCCCAGAUCUGUACAGCAGAAGAUCCUGCUGAGUUGCCCUGACUCGAUGCUGGUGGUACUUGAAUAAUAAGUCAAGAGGGGCAGGAGGAAGACAAGGGUAGUCAACUGGGCAGUUUCUACAGCUGCCUGGAAGAGAAGGGUGGUCUUUAAAAGAAAAACACCUAUUAUCCUGGAAAAGAUAUCUCCGUGUGUUCUAGGGCAGUCAGCGUGAGUUCUGUUGGGAAGCUAAUGGGAAUCCAGGCUGGCCCAAGAAGCAGGGUAAGGCCUAAGGAAAUGCCUUGCCACCAUGUGGGUUACAAGUGCAUCUCCGAGAGCCUGGGAGAAACAGGAGGUGACCUUUUCUGGGCUGCUUGCCCAGAGCCAUGACUUUUGUGACAGUAGCAGUGCCUGGUAUGUGGGAAAUGGACAAGAGAGCUGAAUUCUGGUUCCAGGCACAAAUGUCUUAUGACCCAAGCGGCGCACCCAGGCCAGGUCUUCAGAAUUCUCUUAUCUGGAAAUGUCAACAGGUCCUUGUAGUGUGGACUCUUUUGUUGAUGCUGUGUUUCUGUUGUUUUGUCAUUGUUGCCGCUUGUUCUGUUGCUAUUGUUUGAGACAAGAUAAGGUAACAUAAAGUAACAUCAGCCAUAGUAGCUAAAGGAUGACCUUGAACUUCUGAUCCUCCGAUAUCUACAUCCUGGGUGUUGGGAGGACAGUGUGCAACCCCCUGUCCAUUUUAUAUACAGUGUUAGGGAGAGAACUCAGAGCCUCACGCUGGGUGGGCAGGCACUCCACCACUGAGCUACAGUCUCAGCCCCACAUGGUGGCCCUUACAGCGCUAACCUUAACUUUUUUUUUUUUUUUGGCUAGAAAUUCCAACUUCUUUACUAAUGAAGUUAUAGAAAUGAUAGAAGCCUAUGUUAAGUGUUGGCUAUGUAACUGUAGGAUUCCUCUCCAAAUGCAGUUAGCUAGAUGGCCUAAGAAAGACAAUGUUGAUUGCGGGUAUAUCAGAGGGUUGUGUAGGAGUAUGUGGAAGCCAACAGGAUCUGCUAACCAGGUGAGCUUCCCUUACCUGUAGAAGAACUGCAUUGCCAGACCUCUACCAUACCAGAGGCCACGACUGUGGAUUGGAAAUCUCUAACUAGUGCACUGGCCCCUUUGGUUUCACUAGCAUGGAUACACACAUGUUUACACACAUGCAUAUACCAUUCCUAACUGGUCAUUACUUCCCGCAGUCACUCUGGGCAUGCAGGACAAGUCAGUCCGUCUGUGGGUCUUGCAUAAGUAACAGCAACUUCUUGUAAGUUGUUAGAUGAAAUUGUUUCUUUCUCUGUCCCUGAUGCCUGGCAGAGGGGACACCUGAUAAACAUGCCGGAACAUCACUGCAAGGACCACCUAGUGGGAAAUUUUGACUGUAGCAAAAUUUGCCUAGUUUGAGUGGGUCUGGAGUUCCUUUUUUCAGCCUCCCCAAGACAUGCUUGUUUGCCUGGAAAAAGACUAAUUCCAUUUAUUAAUGCAAGCUCUUAACAGGGAUUAAUGGUGGCUGAGGGGCCAAUACCUUCAAGCUGGAGAGUCGCCAAUGAUAACAGAAAGAAAGCAUCAGCUUUAGCUAGCUCAUGAGCAGGACUUCCUGCUCUCCGGCCUGCUUCCCACUCUUUAUAUAUGUACAAAAGAAAGAUUUGUAUUCUAAGCUCUUCUGUUUUGUCUGUGCUACCGCGGAAUCUAGACAUUAAUCCCAGCAAAUCGGGACCUGGUGACACUUGCCUGGUAGAUUGUAAGUGGCAACUCACCCCCAUUUCUCACACUCUUAUCCUGAAUGACAGUACAGGCUUAAAUUCUCUGAGCACAGAUGUCAGAAUUCUGAGUCUGUGUUUGCUGAAACAACGCUGCUGGGUUAGUCAGCACCACACCCCAAAACUCGGCUCUGUGGGUUCAUGUGCAGGGAGAUGUCUUCAGUGACAGCGUGCUGAGGGUGUCUCUCGGUGAUGCAAGCAGCUUCCAGGCAACAUGGUGAUUCAGUAUGGUGUGGAACUUGGAAAUGAUUGGUAAAGACGGGCAUUAACCAAGUAACAAUAUAAAUUAAAGGAUAAUUGAAUUCCAAGCUAAAAUAAGAACCAUGCCAUGGCUGGAGAUGCAUCUUAAUGGUGGACUGUUUGCCUGGCAUGUGCAAGGCUCUAGUUUCGUUCCUAGCAACACACACACAAACAGAUGCGCGCGCGCGCACACACACACACACACACACACACACACACACACUAUUCAAAGAAGGAAUUUGGUUCCCGUGAGCUAAAACAAUAGAGUCAGCCCUGCUCUUGUAGCAGGUAUUCCUGGGACAGCGAGGAGGAGGGACUAGGGUGGUGUGGAGGCUUCUCCGUGUGUUAUUAUUCAAAUUAGUCUUUCUUUAGUCAUUUUGUGCAGGCAGUGAUCUCUCUUCUGCUCUUCUGAUGAAAACAUCAUUUGCCGAAGAGAAAAUUCACCCUUCCCAGGUGUGCUGUUCUAUGACUGCUGAUGCACAGUUGCAAUUUCGAAGUUGACACCGCAAUCAAGAGAGACACAGAGCCCAUCCUCACUGCUCUCUUUGUGAUCUGUAGCCUACCGAGGCGGACCACAGGGAAGACAAGAAGCACGCAAAAUUACAAUGAGGCUCUCCCUAAAUCUUGGGUGCUGCCCCCAUUAUGCCAGCCCUGGGCCCCUCCUAUAACCAAGGAGCACUCGGCCCAGAGACUCAGGCAGCUGCAGCCUGCCCUUUAGUUCUAAACCUGGAAGAUGUGUUGUGAAUUUCGGAAAGCUUUUGCAGAAACAGGGACAUUGAAUACACGUGUUCCUGGGCAAAGCAAAGCUGCGGCUUCCCUAUGGACCUGUAACCUUUGGAACACUGGAGGAGGAAUGUGGUUCCUUCCAGGCCAGGAGCCCAUGCUCCCUUCCUGGAAGAACAGUGAGGGUAUUGUGGCGGUCUCGCUCUAGCUGACCAGGCUUCAGUUUCUCUUGCUGCCAGUGCUGGAUUACUGCAGAACCACCUUUUAGGAGGAGAGGGAAAACCCAGAUGGCAGUUAAACAUCUGCAAAGAAUCUGGGAUGUUUGUGUUUGCGCCUUAUACCUGUGGACCAGGAUUUUCAACUUGCAGCAGGAGAGAAGGGCAGAGACUGGGGUCAAAUUAGCAUGUGAAAGAGGCUAGAGGGCUGAAGCGACCCCUUCCCACCAAAGCUGAGGUGUAACAAACAGAGCCUGUGCAAUACACAAAGGAGGGUGGCUUCUAUAAGGUCCCUUCCAAUCUGUGAGACAGGACAUGAGUACCCUGGAGCUACUGACCUUUCUCCCAGCCCUGGCCCACUUCCCUGGAAGUGCUUUCUUCCUUAAUAAACUUGUUCUGCUU